AUGGCAGAUACCAAAGGUGUGGAGCAUAAAGGCUCAUUGGACAAGGGUUACAAAGUGAUUGUAAAAAUCAGGAUGGGAGACAAUGCAAAUUGGAUUGUGCUUGUAAGGUACCAUAGGAUACUGACGGUUGAGAAGGCAGGUGAAGAUUCUGAGCGGGGUAACGUCUUUCUGGGGAAAAUAAACAUGUUUACCGUUGUCAAGGAAAUGCUAGUCAGCGCUUUCCUGGGGAUCCCGGAUCCCGGGGGCCAAUUAGGUGUUUUGAGGCUGGCGGGUCCCGCGGCUUACAGGCUCCGCUCUUCCGGGUACCUGUCCGUCGGUCCGCGCGGGGCGGACUGGGGCGCCGCUGCUGGACUAGAGGAGGCCCGCAGGGCUCCAGCGGCCAACAGGUCCCCGGCCCAGCUCUUCCCCCCAGCACCCCCGGAACUCCCUGAAGGCGGGCUCACUACCCUGGGAAAUCUUACACCUUCAAGCACUGUGUUUUUCUGCUGUGAUAUGCAGGAAAGGUUCAGACCAGCCAUCAAGUAUUUUGGGGACAUUAUAAGCGUGGGGCAAAGACUGUUGCAAGGGGCCCGGAUAUUGGGAAUUCCAGUUAUUGUAACAGAACAGUACCCUAAAGGUCUUGGAAGCACUGUUCAAGAAAUCGAUCUAACAGGUGUAAAACUGGUACUUCCCAAGAGCAAGUUUUCAAUGGUACUACCAGAAGUAGAAGCAGCACUAGCAGAGAUUCCUGGAGUCAGGAGUGUUGUAUUAUUUGGAGUAGAAACUCAUGUGUGCAUCCAGCAAACUGCUCUGGAACUUGUUGGUCGAGGUAUCGAAGUUCAUAUUGUUGCUGACGCCACCUCAUCAAGAAGCAUGAUGGACAGGAUGUUUGCUCUUGAGCGCCUUGCUCGAACUGGGAUCAUAGUUACCACAAGUGAAGCUGUUCUGCUACAGCUGGUGGCUGACAAAGACCAUCCCAAAUUCAAGGAAAUUCAGAAUCUAAUCAAGGCGAGUGCUCCAGAGUCGGGGCUGCUCUCCAAAGUAUAGGACGCCACAAGAGACUGGUAUCCCUCCUGCUGUUAGGUGACAGAACUGUACGCCCAGACAAACUCUUGUCUCUACUAGAAUAAAAAUGUCAAGUCAAAGUGGCUCCUUUUCUGCAGCUCUUAGUAACACUUAAUUAGCGAGAUCAUUUGGGUGCCAGCAUUUAGUUACUAAUGUCCAAGGCUUUCAGGUGCUGCUUACCUUCUUUUUUCCUAAUGUGUUUUUAUUUAUUUAAAAAUUUACAACGGGGUGCCUGUUUCGUCUAUACUGUACACACUGAUAAGUGCACACUGUGGUGAAGGUUUCCUCAAUUGUGCACGAGAAAAAUUGACAUUUGCAUUAUGGUAAGAUGCGUUUUAAUGGGUUCAGUGCUUCACAGAUUGAUGUCCUAAGAUUAUUUUGUGUGAAUUUAAACAAAAGACUGCAUCAGGUUACCCACUUCUCUCGCAGUGUCAUUGACUGGCUUGUUGAGUGAGCUGCAUUGAUCUAACCUGACCAAAUUAUGUGGAAUAAUUAUGUGUCUUUCUAGCUUGAGCUAAUUUUCUUACUCUGGUCCCUAAUUCUCAGUUAAUGUUCUCUUAUUUAGCUGAAUCUGUUCCUUAGAGAGACCCGUUGAAUCUGUGCUUAUUUUAACUUUGUAAACAAACAGAAUGAUUUGCAGUGCCAUAUACGUGGUAGAGGGCCAUGUUAGCAUCAUUACAGCAGGAGUUCAGCUGACUCUGUAGCCAUUGUGAGUACAUUUCUAGUAUGCACAGAUGUAGCAAAAAGGUAAAGCUUAAAAUGAACAUUUAAAAUGUUCAUAUUCUGUCCGCCUAUGAUCCAAAUAUAAAGUAAUAAACAUCUGUAAUGAUUUGGUAGGACUAACAUUGUGGUCAUUGUUACCUUUCAAAAAAAAUUAUUUUCAUGAAAUACUAGAGUGUUUUAAAAAUUGGUUUCUUUUUAAUAGUAUGUGAAAUGUGGAACAUUAUUGUCUUUUCUAUUAAAGCAAUU